AUGGAGGAGGGGCCACGCGGCUGUACAUCGUCCGUGUUUAGGAAGGGCUCCUCCAAAGAGCCCGAGGAUGCUUGCCAGGAAGCCAUGUGGUCUUCGGGUGCAGCUCCCUUCUUUCGGAAGACCGAUGCACUUGUCAAGUGUGGAGUCAAGAUUGUCGUUGCGAUGGCAGCACGUGUGCCCCUUCUGUCACGCAGCAAGGGGCAGGCAGGCGAGCCGGUGAUGCCCAGCGGACUGCUUUCAGGCCAGCUGGCAACCUGGCGGAAACAAGGUUCCCAAUGCUCAUUUUUCCAUGGAUGCAGCGGCCAG